GUUUACCACCACGUCACCAGGAAAUACAUUUGAAGUGUCAAAAUGCGGACGCAGGAUUAUCAAGACACAGACGCUCCUCUUUUUGGUGAAGAUGACGAUACCAGCACGUUAAGAAAGUCCAAAAUCAGGCAUCCACUGGCCUCAUUCUUCCAUCUUUUCUUCCGAGUAUGCGCCAUUGCGGUCUACUUAUUGUGCGAGAUCUUCAGUAGUCGCUUCAUUGUCUGUAUGGUCACCAUCAUCCUCCUGCUGUCAUGUGACUUCUGGACUGUCAAGAAUGUAUCUGGCAGAUUGUUGGUGGGGCUUCGAUGGUGGAAUCAAGUGGAUAAAGAUGGAAAGAACCACUGGGUGUUUGAGUCGAGGAAGACAGACAGUCUGAACCCAACGUCGAGUGCAGAGGCUAGGAUCUUCUGGCUUGGCCUCAUCGUGUGCCCCAUAUUCUGGAUCAUUUUUGUCUUCAGCACCAUCUUUUCUUUCAAGAUUAAAUGGCUGGCUGUUGUAAUUAUGGGCUUGGUUUUACAAUGGGCCAACGUGUAUGGCUAUGUCAGAUGCAAAGUGGGCGGACAGUCAAACCUAAGAAACAUGGCAAAGAACUACCUAGGUGUCCAGAUUUUAAAAGAGACAAUGAGGAAAACAAUGGGACCUUAGGUUAAAGAGGAUGAGUGACAACUACCUGCAGUGUGAUGGAGUACGAUGCUGGAUGGACACACUAAAUUCACUUGAUUCCUUUUUGAAAACAUCUCUUUUUUAGGGUAUAUGGGCUUUUGCACUUCAUUCGAGUCUUUGGUUAAAGUUUUUGGUUUUUGUAUGUGUCUUUCUAUUUGAAUGUAUUGAUUGUUAAAUUCAAGAAUAAUUGCCAAAGACUUCUAAAAAUGCAACAUUCAGUUUUUGAUUUAUUUUAAUAAUUUCAUAUAAUAGUUUUCGUACUCCAGGUGAUGGCACAGGGAAAGGUGAAUUUUUUAUUGAUGUGAGACAGUUGUUGCAUAAUUUUGUAGACUAACAAACUUAACUAGUAAGCACAGUCAAAACAUGAUUUAAAUGAUCUUGUAUCAGGAGUGCAGAUGUUAAAAUGCCUGAUUUCAGAUCAGAAUGGUGACCACACAUGUUGACUGCAUGUUUUUCUCUCAAAUGUACGGCAUGAAAUGUGUUUUACAUGUAAGAUGAAUAUUGCUGUACCCUGAGGUUGAGUCACUUUUCUGAAUUUUGAUGAAUCAACCCUGCAGGAAUAUUUUGUAUGUUUUCUAAGGCCAUUUGGGAUGAAUGGUUUAAUUAUUUUGGAUAUAUAGAAAUAUAUAUAUAUAUUCAAAUUAUAAAGUUGUUAACUUUAACAUGUUUACUCAUUGCUUCAAUAUAGAUUUUGUUAACCUUAUUGUGGCUGCUGAUUAAACCUCGAUUGUGGUAAUGAA